CACUUCUGGAAGAAAAAGAAGAAGCCAAAAACCGAGACAAGAAGUGUGCACCGAGGUGUUUGUCUCGCUCUUUCCUUGAACUUAUGCAACGAUUGUAUUUCAAUCUUGGGAAAACAUCAACAACAAAACUCUUUCUUCGUCCGCCGGCUUGACGCAGUGUGUGAUGGCAGCUAUGGCGGCAGCGCCACCCAGAGGCGGAGAGGACCUGCACGUCCUGGUGAGGAAGUGGCAAGAGGUGGCCUGCCAGUGGGAGGCGCCAGCGGGCAGCACCUUUGAGGUUGGCUGCCAGAGCGAUAACGCCCAGAGUCGAGACGUCGGCGUCCAGACGGACCUGUUGACUCGCCGACUGUCCUGGAGACGUGCGGGUUUCUCCGGCAUAUCCGUCAGGCGUUUGGCCCUGCGAGCCAAUCGUCAAAAUGGUGAUGGCACGCUGCCGCAUAGCAAAAGCAAAGUUAUCAGAACCGCCGUCAAAGCUCAGGAGGUGUCCCUCGCCGAUGUAGCCGUCUCCUCCCCCUCGCCGCCGCUGUCUGGUGGGCGGCCGCGGAGAACACGGCGACCUCCACGGUGGCGCGAAGAUCUGCAGACGCCGGCGAUGCUCGAAUUGCGGCAGAAGGUGGCGGCCGAGGACGAGGAGGACCAGGGUGUGCAGACGUUGCCCCAGGAGGGUGCGGCAGCGGCCGACGCCAAGUUGGAGGCAGAGAACAUCAUGUGCGAUGUGUGCGGGCAGGUUAUGAAGAACAAGUCCAGCCUGGCUCGUCAUUCCUUCAUCCACACGGGCAAGAAACCGUUUGCGUGCCACCUGUGCGACCUUCGCUUCAACCGUCGCGACAACCUCAGCCAUCACCUCAGCCGGCUCCACCCGGGGGGCGUGACCCGGCGCGAGAAGCGGCGCCCCGUCCAGACGUGGCUCUGCGACGUGUGCGGGAAAACCUUCCGCUGCAGGUCGGCUCUCAAGACGCACGAGAUCAUCCAUCUGGGAGUCAAACCCCACCGCUGCGACCUUUGCCCGAAGGCCUACAUGCGCACCAACGACCUCCAGCACCACAAGCUCACCGUGCACCAGGAUGGUGAAGGUGACGGCAGCGGGACGCGCCGCCGCUCGGGCUCCUUGCUGUGUCACUUCUGCGGGAAAGAGCUCAAGUUCCGAUCUCAGUUGGCGGCGCAUCUGCAGACGCACACGGACGAGCGGCCGCACCUCUGUGACGUCUGCGGCCGCAAAUUCUGCCGCCGCUACCAGCUGGAGCGCCACAAGCUCCUCGUCCAUGUCGACGGCGGUGCCACAGAGGACGAGGAAGGCUCGCUGCCGUGCGACGUGUGUGGCAAGCGGCUGAAGACCGAGGCACUCCUCGCCGCCCACUCGCGCAUGCACUCGGGUGACAAGCCCUUUCGCUGCACGCUGUGCCUGCGCCGUUUUAUGCGCCACGCCUGCCUCAAGCGACACUACGCACGCGCACACAUGAAGGAGGGCAGCGGGGCGGCGGCACGCUCCGCCGGUCUGCGCCAAGACAAGUCCUUCCCCUGCGCCACCUGCGGCAAAGUGUUCAAGUUCCGCUCGCUGCUGAGCAACCACGCGGCCGUGCACAGCGACGAGCGGCCGCACGCCUGCGACUUCUGCCCGCGCCGCUUCCGCCGCCUCAGCCACCUGAAGCGGCACCGACGCGUGGUCCACCGUGACGGCGCACGCCUGCCGCAGAACUUUGUGUGCCACAUCUGCGGCAAGGACAAGAAGUGCCGCUCGCAGCUGGCGCGCCACGUCAUCAUCCACACGGGCGAGCGCCCCUUCGGUUGCGACAUGUGCGCCGCGCGCUUCAAUCGUCGAGGCAACCUGCAGCAGCACAGGAAGCGCGUGCACGGCAUCCACCCGACGCCGGAAGAGGCCGACCCGCCGGUGCUCUUCCCUGACCUCGACGAGGACUGCGACUAUAAACUGGAAGACACUGCGUCCUCGUCCGCUGACUGAUGCCGCUCGUUCCACAUUGUACCACGUUUCGAGGUGAUUUUUCAGUUUAUUCAACCUUUUUAAAAAAACAUUAUGGCAAUUAUGAGUUUCCAUUUAUUUGUGCAUGGUGUGAGCUCAGCCCCGAGCUUCAGCAAAUAUAAAAGAAAAAAAAGUGAACAUUUUCUCAUGCUCACUACUUGGAACACAGCAAAACAAGCUCAGCAUGCGAUCCUCUAAGGAUGUCAGGUGACACUAUUGGCUCCGCCCACGUCACCGGGAGCUGCGCUGUCACGGCUCCAUGAUGUCACCUUUGGGCGGCUUGGCAAUCCAGAGGUUGGCCUGCCUCGCCGGCGAGCUGUUGGUGGAAGGAGCUACGUGGGUUAUCUCGGCGCCAACUGCGCAAGAAUAUUGCCCACCUUGCGCUCAGCAGGCGGCAGCAGCAAGUGGCCGAGGCCGCCAAGAUGAGCAGCAGCAGCGGGAUGGUUGGAAGGAUGACGUACAGCGCCAACGGGCCUGCACGCACACGGAAACAGCAUGACGCAAACUUAGAGCGUUUCCUGAAAAUGUUACUGGCGGGUGAACAAUUAAUCCCAUUUGUUGCCACUUCAACUGUUACAUCGCUUACGUACAAUAACAAUGUAUCUUAGUUCCUAUUAAGAGCGUUGUGAGACCGCAAAAUUCAUUUGUGUCCAUUUUUAUCAUUCAGUGGCCAAUCUGAGACAAAAUACAUGUACAGAAUGUGUCUGA